UGGAAGGGGCGCCGAUAGCUCAAUAUAAGUGCACUGUACAUUGUCGUUGAUUGCUCAUUCAGGAACCAGGAUCCGUCACUCUCCAAGCUGAUCAGCAAAAAUGGCUCGUCUCUCUGUCGGUUUGAUGUUGGUUUUGGCUUGCUGGACGGCAAGUUCCAGUGGCGCCGCCAUUUCCCUGGAAGACAAACUUGAGCAACUGACUAACAAUUACAAUGAAAUGAAACAAGAAUUGACGUCGAAAAUUGGCCAACUGGAAGCCCAAAUCCAGGGAAGAGCUCACCCAACAUCGCCCGUCUAUUUCUACGCCCAAAGGAGCGCAUCAUUCUCCACCAAAGCUGUCAAAUUGCCAUUCGAUGCUCCCCUUUUGAACGCCGGAAACGCCCUGGACGCAGCCAGUGGGACGUUCACAGCCCCACGGGCCGGCAUCUAUUCCUUUUCUUUCACCGGAAUGGCCAAUUUCCCCGAAACGACCGGCGUUUACGUGUGGCUCUCGGCUUCGCUUUUCUUGAACGGAAAUGUGGUGGGAUCGGGCGAGGUGGACGAGGCCAACACGGUGGCCGAUCAGUGGAGUCCCUUGUUCCUGCAGGUGACCCUCAGCCUGGCGGCCGGCGAUCAAGUUUGGCUGGAAAUCGAUUACGAUACGGCCGGAAUUGUUCUCCACGACGACGCUGAUCACUACACUCACUUCAACGGCUGGAUGCUGGACGAAUAAAUCGCCUGUUCCAUGUACAUACUAUUAUGUCCAGGUUUUCUUAUUCAGCAGGAAUGUGUACUAUGCCGUGUAGGGACUUGGUUCUUGCACCCAAGAUACACAAUACACUUACAAGAGCAACA